CUCUCCCCUCCCCUUCCCGCCGCAUGGCGCUGGCCGCCUCGCUGGGCUCCUGCGUGGAGGCGCUGCUGCAGAGCCGCGCCCAGGCCAACCGCGUGUGGGAGCUGCUGGAGCCGCUGGCGGGCGGGCAGCGGGACGCGGCGCUGGGCGCGGGCGGGGCCUGCGGGCGGCUCUUCGGGGCGCUGCUGCGGCGGCGCGAGCUGCGGGGGGGCCGCCUGCCGGCAGAGGGCAGCGCCGAGCACGAUGCCCUCAGCGCCGAGCAGAAGUAUAAGCUAUGGAUGAGGUACCGGUACCAGGACUGCGUGGGGUACCUGGCGGAGCUGAUGCACCACGAUGCCUUCCAGGUCAAGGAAAUGUCACUCUGCACCCUGAUGAACUUUGUUGAGUUGGAGGCACAAUACCCUUUGGUCGAAGUAGAAUGGAAAGGGACUGUAACAUUUCCUCGUGAACUUCUUAAGGUAGUUGUUGAUGGCUUACUUCCUUUACAUGAGGACGCUUCGCUCCUGAUCUCUCGCUUUCAAGAAUACAUGGAGUAUGAUGACGUUCGGUACUUUGUCAUAAAGGCAGUCACUGAGAGUAUUGGACAAGUCAUGCAAAAGACAAAGGAGAGGCCACUGCCGUUUUACCAGCAGAACGUAUUUUCCCUCAUUUCGCCCAUUAACAUGCCGAACAAAGAGAGUGACAUGGUCAAAUUUAUGGCAAAGCAAGAUAACUGGGAGGAAUUGAAAGUGUCAAAGCUGCAGGCACACAAGCAGGCGUUUGAAAAAAUGUGGCUCAGUUUUUUGAAGCACAAGCUACCCACUGGCCUUUACAAAAAAGUUCUCGUCAUUCUGCAUGACUCCAUCCUGCCUUAUAUGAACGAACCCACUCUCAUGAUGGACUUCUUGACAGUGGCCUAUGGCAUAGGUGGAGCAAUCAGUCUUCUAGCUUUGAAUGGAUUAUUUAUUCUGAUUCAUCAGCAUAAUCUGGAAUAUCCUGACUUUUACAAAAAACUCUACAGUCUUUUAGACCCUUCUAUAUAUCACGUGAAGUACCGAGCCCGCUUUUUCCAUUUGGCCGAUCUGUUUUUGUCUUCGUCUCACUUGCCAGCGUACCUGGUGGCAGCAUUUAUAAAGCGCCUCUCCCGGCUGGCCCUGACAGCUCCUCCUGAGUCGUUACUCAUGGUUAUUCCCUUCAUCUGUAAUCUCUUUCGGAGGCACCCAGCAUGCAAAGUGCUAGUACACAGACCUAAUGGGCCAGAAGAUAUGUCAGAAGAUCCAUAUAUUAUGGAGGAGGAGGAGCCAUCUGAAAGCAGGGCUUUAGAGAGCUCUCUCUGGGAGAUCCAGUCUCUACAAAACCACUAUCACCCAGAUGUGGCCAAGGCAGCUGCUAUCCUGAACCAGUCACUGUCUGAAACAGAGGAUGACAUAUCAGGGCUCCUGGAGCUCUCUGCUUAUGAGCUUUUUGAUAAAGAAGUAAAGAAAAAGGCUGUUGAUGUUCCCCUGGAGUUUGAGCAAGUACGAGGUUUGUUUGGGAAGAAAAAUGACAUUUUUGCAGAACACUUCACUUUAGAUUGACACAGUUUCUUACAAACACAUCUGCACAACUGACUGUCUUAGGGAUAUGCACAAAGCUCCUGUGCUGUGCUUGGCAGUUCUGCCUUUGCAGUGUUCGCAGAGCUGGAUGCCUUGAGAAAGGUGCAGCCUUCUUCAGUGAGCUUUGCCACUACUCGUGGAUGGACUUCCCUUUGUCACUCCUUGUUUCUCACACUUGCAUGUUGCCACCUGAUAUUUGGGAAGGAUUUUCCAUCAGAGCAAUUCUUUCUGGACUUGCUCCUUGCUGGGAUUGCAGCCCUUUCCUCCAAAGCUGCAGUCACUGGCCGCAGCCAGCACCAGCAUCAACAAAUCGUCUAGCUGCCAUUUGAUGGGACUGAGGGGAGGUGCAGUCCCUGACUCCUGGGCUUAUUUUUCAGGUGUUUUAUUUCUAUCCCAGAGCUGACAACCUGUUUGUAAUAAAUGACUUCAAUACA